AACUUAAAAUUCGUUCGAAUUUUAUUUUCGUUUUUAAAAAGCGUUACAUUUUAAUAUUUCGCAUCAAAUGUAACAAAAAUUUAGUUUGUUCGGGGUUUUCUCGAUAGUUAGGGUAGGGAAAGACACUGCGCCGAGCCCUGAUAACAUGGCCGUGCGGCUGCGAAAUACAGCCGCAACUCAGACGCCAUGACUGGGACAAGAAGAGAGCCACGCGUCGGGCCGAGCCUCCGGGGGCAGCGGCUGGAGGAUGAGGGGGCGGCGCUGAGCUCGGAGCGCUUGCCUGGUGUUUGGUGCAUUGAGGCGGGGGGGGGGGGGUGAAGUUUGCAGAGGGGAGACAAGGAGCGGCUCUGUGCCGUCGGGGAGCUGGGCUGGGGCGGUUGAGAAGACGACGGGGGAAGAGAGGAGACGCUUUUCGCCCUUGCCUUUCAUCAUCGUAUUUUUUUUUCCUCCCCCUCCCCACCGAGGAGUUGCUGUUACUGCCGACCCGAGAUACACGCUCCCCUCCCCGGCCACAGUUGCAGCGCUUUCCCGAGUCUCCGAUGCUUGCUUUCUCUUUUGUCCGCUUCGUGCAGCGCCGCUCCUGCCCUGGACUCAAGCUGCGACUGGGCGGUGUUCUACAGAGCAGCUGCUCCGAGCUGUUGCACUCGCUGAUACUAGAGGGAAAAAGGAGGAAAAGGAAGAGGAGGGAGGGGAGACGUAGUUGGUGGACUCGAAGAAUAGUGCGUUUCUGUCGAGCAGAAUGAACGGAGAGACAGCAAUGGCAGAAACUACUGAAGUGAGCGAUGCUAAGGAAGAGUGGCCAAAAGAGGACCUCCUGGGCCUAUUAGAUAGCAUGAGAAGCAUGGUUCCUACCAAUGAUGUGAUGAAGUUUAAAACAACAGAGUCACAUAUGGACUGGAAUAAGGUGACCUUCGCCCAUUAUACAGCAGAAAUGUGUAAACAGAAGUGGUCGGAGAUCUCACAUGAAGUGAGAAAAUUCCGUACUUUAUCAGAGCUGAUUUUGGAUGUCCAAGAAAAUGUGAAGAAUCCCUAUAAAGGGAAGAAACUCAAGAAUCAUCCUGAUUUUCCCAAGAAGCCUCUCACACCUUAUUUUCGAUUCUUUAUGGAGAAGAGAGCCAAAUAUGCAAAGCUUCAUCCUGAAAUGAGUAACUUGGAUCUAACUAAAAUUCUUUCCAAGAAAUAUAAGGAGUUACCAGAGAAGAAAAAGUUGAAAUAUAUUCAGGAGUUUCAGAAAGAGAAAGAAGACUUUGAACAGAGCAUGGCCCGCUUCAGAGAGGAUCACCCAGAGCUACUGGAGAGUGUAAAGAGAACAGAUGUCCCAGAGAAACCUAAAACACCACAGCAGUUGUGGUAUCUUCAUGAGAAGAAGGCCUUUAUGAAGAUGCAUCCAAAGGCCACUAUGAAGGAUGUUAAAGAGGCACUGGGUAAACAGUGGUCCCAGCUGUCUGACAAGAAAAGACUCAAGUGGAUUGGCAAAAGUUUAGAGCAGCAAGAGCUGUAUGAGGAAGCUAUGCGAGAUUAUGUUUUACGUCACCCUGAACAAAGCAUCAGUCUGGAUGAUUUGACCAAAAAUACUCUGACUAAAGCUGAAAGACAACUCAAAGACAAGUUUGAUGGUCGACCCACAAAACCACCUCCAAAUGGUUAUUCUCUUUAUUGUGCUGAAUUGAUGUCCAACAUGAAAGAUAUUCCCAGCACAGAACGCAUGGUUCUGUGCAGCAAGCAAUGGAAGAUGUUGUCUCAGAAAGAGAAGGAUGCAUAUCAGAAACGAUGUGAACAGAAAAAGAAGGAAUAUGAAAUCAAUCUUCAUCGGUUUUUACUGAGCCUCCCUGAACAUGAGCAGCAAAGGGUCCUGUCUGAGGAAAAGAUGAUUGGAUUGAACAAAAAAGCAGCAAGCAACCUGAAGCAAGGUGGAAUUAAAGGUGUCCCCUCAUCUCCUUCAGAUGCCACAAAGACAACUACUGACAAACCAAAGCGUCCGAUCUCUGCCAUGUUCAUUUUCUCGGAAGAGAAGCGCAAGAAGUUGCAAGAGGAGGAGCCAGAGCUCUCGGAAAGUGAACUGACAAGAAAAUUGGCCAGGAUGUGGACUGAGCUCUCUGAGAAGAAAAAGGAAAAGUAUCGACGCAUGGAGGCAGCGGCAAAGGCUGAAUCGGAACAGAAAAGGCAGGGCUAUGGAAAAGAUGGAAAAGGCUCUGCUGUCCGUGGAAAACUGCCAGAGCCACCCAAGACUGCAGAAGAGAUCUGGCAACAGAAUGUGAUUGGCGAUUAUCUGGCCAAGUACAGGGUAUGCGCCGAGAGUGAUCGCACUAAGGCAAUGAAAGCAAUGGAGGCAACUUGGAGUGCGAUGGAGAAAAAGGAGAAAUUAAUGUGGAUUAAAAAGGCGGCUGAGGAUCAAAAGCGAUACGAGAAAGAACUGAGUGAAAUACGAACACCAACAACAAAUGUGAACAAGAAAAUAAAAUUUGAGGGAGAGCCAAAAAAGCCACCAAUGAAUGGCUACCAAAAAUUUUCCCAAGAACUACUUACAGGUGGUGAACUGAACCAUUUGAAUCUCAAAGAUCGGAUGGUGGAAAUUGGGAAAAGAUGGCGGAAAGUUUCUCAGGCUCAAAAGGAUCGUUAUAAAAAGAUGGCAGAAGAGCAACAAUGCCAAUACAAAAUCAAUCUAGAAGCCUGGCUUAAGAGCAUAUCCCCACAAGAGAGGGCUGCCUAUAAGGAAUACACUUCAAAUAAACGCAAAGGUACUGCAAAAGUAUCCAGUCCAAAUCCCAAAAUGAAAGUUGCGAUACCAGCACAGAAUGCUAGUGAAACGGACGAUUCUGAUGAGGAUGAAGAUGAUGACGAGGAUGAUGAGGAAGAAAAGGCCAACUCUUCAGAUUCUGAUUCCUCUGGUUCAGACAGUGAUGAAGAGAGUGAAGAGGAAGAUGACGCCGAUGAGAAUGCAGAUGAAGAUGAUGAAGAAGAAGAUGAAAACCAAUCCGACAGCAGCAGCAGUUCUUCAUCUGAAGAGUCCUCUGACUCAGACUCUGACUGAAGUGUUCUGCUUUGAUCUUCCAGGCAGUACUGGAAAAUAUCAGGGGCCUAAAGAUGAGCCCUCAUGCCCACUACCAGCACUGUUUGAGAGACAAGUGGCAGAAGCAGAAAUGCUAAAUCUGAUGUGAUCCAGCCAUCAUUGUCCGGUCCAGUCAGUUUUGUGGAACAAAUUUUCUGGACUUGACCUGAUUUGCUUUAAGCUCCUUGAAAACCACUAGUGAUGCAAGUAAGAAUGGACCAAAUAAAGAAUUGGUGGUUUUUUUUUAUUAACUGGAACAAUCCCAGUUACAAAUUAUUCAGAAAUUGCCCUCCCUCUGUGUGACCCUCCAAUGAGUGACAUUCAGAACCUUUUUUUCUUAAACUGACAUGAAAAUUCUCUAAGUUUAGGCACACAAGUUCAAAGUUGUGUGUUAAGUGAAGUCACUCAGUAUUUAAGUGUUUGGUUUGUCAGGUCAUUCAUACUUGCAUUGCCAGACACAAAAGCUUUGAAUUUUUAAAAAUAUUACAGUGAAGUUGGUUUCUGCCUCAUUUUUCAUGGUUCUAGUUCUGGUCCCUUGUACAAUUUUUGUGGUUAAGGAGAAUAGAAACAUCAGGGUGAUUACAUGGCAAGCAUUGAAGCUAUUUAUUCAAUAUUUCCCCAAAGUCGUCUACCCUGGUACCUCUGUUGCAUUAGGGAUGAACCUGACGAUGGAACAGGCUGGGGCUUGUGUACAAGUAUGCUAGUCUGAAUCAGUGAAGAGUAUUUUGUGAUGUUGCAGUUUGUAAAUACAAAGGAAUGUUUUUUAAGGGAGGUUUCAGUUUUGGCAUUUUGUGAAUGGAAUCUUCUUAGUAAUGUGAAAAAAGUUACUGAGAAGUCUGCACCAAAGCAAUUGCUCAUUCAUUUUCGGGCAGAUGGAAGAAAUGUGCUCUUGUUGCUGCCCUGUGCCCUUCAAGAUUGCAAAAGACUCUGUCUUUCUAACACACUUCUUGCUGGUUACUUUAUUUUUCUGCAUGUGUAGUCUUUCCUUAUAGUGUUUAACUUAUGGAGGAUGUAACUGCAGAGGCUGAAGUAUUUUGUAUAAUUUUAGUCUGUCAAUCUGACUUGGAGUGUCACAAUAUUGGUGGAAGUUGAUCUUGAUGUUCUAGAUGCAGCAGAGACUGCAAAUAGCUUUGUAUUUUCAGAUUCUGUUUCGUCACUUCUGAAUGGAAUGUACAUUAACUCUAGUCAUGAAACCAAAUGCAAAGCAUAUUGUUAAGUUUUAAUAGAUAGUUUCAUCCUCCUUUGAAUUGUAGAGUUGAAAGGUUUUAUUCCUGGAGGCCUUCAAGAGAGACAGCACAAAGCUGCUGAAGUCAGGUCACAUGCAAAGCUGACUUGGGUUUGGAACACUAUUGCAGUAUCUCUUUCACAAAUACAAGCUUAUUUUAUACGAGCACUUUUAUUUGUAUAACCCAUGGCAAGACUGUUUGUGAUUUCUUUGCACAGCAGAAUUGAAGAAUAAUUACAAAUUUGAGGAUAAAGAAUUUUAUUGCUUCAUGGUACAGGAAGUGUGAGUACGUUUUCUAGACCCAGCUUGAAAAGGAAGAGGCAGAAUGAGAGCUUGUGGUCUCUGCAACCAAAACAUGCCCUCUUGCCCCUUUGUGUGAUCUCAUUGUAAAAUCUGGGAGGGGGGGCAGGGUGGGAGGGGUUGGUGGAAGAAUGCCAUGCAACUGAGCCUUCCUCCAACUGCAGCUUUGCAUAAACUCCGGAUCAUCACUGAAUACCUUUUCAGCUUGUGCCCAGUUUCAGAGUAAGAGGGUGGAUGUUAUUUUAAAGGAUACUGAAAGAGAUAGUCUGUCGUACUUGUAUUGGAUUUGAAUGAGGAUGUAUGGUAUCUGUAUAUAAUGUUUGUAUUUUGCAACUUUACUUUUCAUUUUAUUUUCUGGUUCUUACAGUAAGGCCAGGAGCACUGGGAGUGUGUACUGUAAGAGGUGAAAUGAGUGCGUUUUUGCACUCCCGUGAAGCUGUCCUAGUAACCCAUACGUACCAUGUUACUUUUAGCUUCUGUGACCUUCUGGAAAUUUUUCUAAUAUUUAAAGAUUGUUUUGUAGAGAGAAUGCCUCACUGAUUUGUAUUUGCAGAUUCUUGUAAUUUGAUGUUGGAACUUCUGAAACAUUUUAUAGGGAAAGCAUUCCUUUUGUUCAAGUGGUUAUCAAUAACCAUUAAAAAAUAAGAACUUGUUUGCUAGGUGAAUAGAAUUAUUUGAACUUGCAUUGGGAAAUAUGGGGUCAUGAACACUGCAGUGAAAUGCAUGUGCACAUUGAUCAAGAUGAGAGCACAUAAAGUAGCAUAUUUUCCAAUUUUCAAUGGAUUGCACUGUUAACCGCUCCCCAAUCCAAGGUGAGAAAUAGUUGAAAAUCCAUGGUCAGAGAAGCUGUAAUUUCUGUGUUCCCUUUCUUGCAUAAUGAACUUCUGGCUCUAGGAACAUUUGGUGUGGGUAUAGUGGUUAAGUUAGUCGGACAGCAGUCACAAUUCUGGACCACUGAGUUUGAAUGACAUUCAUUUUAAUUGAAAUAAUUAGCUAUUCAUUCCCAGUUUAAAUUUAAAUUUUUAAAGAAAACUUGAUUCACUAAUUUCCUUUGAGUAAUUGUGGAUGGUAAAUAAAUUCUGGCAGUCCUAAUGACAUUCAUGCUAUGUUUUUGAUCUUUAAAUAAAAGCUGAUGCUAUAUGGUUGAGA